AUCAUCUUUCUGUUUGCACAGAGUCAUGUUUACACAAAACACCAAAGAGGUCGUUGAGUAGGAAAUCCCGAAUACCUACUUUCAGCUCUCCUGUUAAUGACACUGAUAUACAGCAAGAAAUCUUUUGGGAUCCUCAUUCACCAAUCGCACACAGACCAGGCAAUGGAAAAACCAAACAGUCUACCGGUAGAUGUGCAGUAGAAAUUUCAGAAAUUGUUAAUCGUAUUGCUCCUCAGGAUGAAAAAGCAGCCUGUAAUGAAGGCUCCCUUUUAGGGACAUGGAUUGGUGAGGAUGCUAUUCCCUGUACACCUGGAGUAGUAAAAGUGCGAGCUAGGACAAAGUUAACUUGCACAAGAGAUCUUAAAAUAAGAAAUCCUGAAGAGGAACUCAUGAAAUUGGCUAAGGAAUUUGAUAAAAAUCUGGUAGAGCUAGAUGCUGUUCAGGAACAAGAGAAGCUUGGUCAUGACUUCAUCCAGACCACCUCUGAGUCUUUAAGUAAUUCUAAAGGUGAAGUAAAUAUGAAGAACUUGAAAUCACUCCUUGAUGAAGUUUCUGAAACAGACACUGCUCUGUCCCUGAAACCAGUUGGACAGAGCACUGGCAUCCCUGCUGCAGAGCCCUGUCCAUCUAGCAGUCAAAAGUCUAUAGACCUUGAGGCUGAAAUAGCCCUUCAUGCUCUUUUUGACUGCUCUACCCAGAAGUGUAGCGGACAGUUGAGCCAAGAACUUCCAGGUAUUUCUUCAAAUAACAGUUUCCAUGAAAAUAAAAGCACCUUGGAGGAGGAGCACCUUCCUGAGCAAAUUAAAGACAUGCAGCAUGGUAAUUCAGAGGCAUAUCAAAAAGAUACUCUGUGUGCACUAGGGUGCGUGAACCAGACUCUUCAAAAACCUGAUAUUCACACCUUGGCAAAAAAAAGUCCUUCUUCUCUGGAGACGCAGUUGGUGGUCUCCAGUAAGCUUGCUGGAGUAGUUAACGACGACUUUGAUGACUGGGAUACAGAUUUUUUGGCAGAUGACUCUUUUGUGAUGCAAAUAACCCAAAAUCCUGAAUUGAUAAGUACUGAAGAAGCACCACUGAUUCCUACAAAUCCGUCUGUGCAUGGUUUCAGUGAAGCUACCAGAACAAAGGAGAGAAGUAGCUGCGAUUCAGUAACUUGUCUGGGGAGCGUGCGCAGAUCUAACGGUUUGCAGUCUUCACCUUUGAAACAUUCUAGUAAAAACACACGAAAUGCUGUAAAAUCUCUUUCUCUACAGAAGCCAUCCAAGACAGACAACUCAAAGACGGAGACUGUAGCUUUGCAUGGCAAACGUGACGUUAAGCCAGAUAAAAUAAAUUCUAUUUGGAAAAGUGCCCGCAACAGUGAUUUGAACUAUAUUCCUGUUUCAACACAAUCUGAAGUGAAGAAUGGAAAUGAAACUAUGCAGCCUAAAAGUGACCCUCUUCCUCUUUUUCCUUCCAGAUCUAAUCCUCAUAGACCAUGGACUGAAAAACCUGGGAAUAACACACACAAUAUUUUCUGUCCAUCAUCCAGUGUGUCUACCAAUACAAAACCUAAUGAUCUAACUAAAGUGAUUAACCAAGCUAAUACAGGUCACUUAAAUCAAGCUGAAGUUCCAAAGAAAUGUCCUGCGUCAUUUGAUGACUGGAAUGAACCGAAAUUCUCUGAUGAGAUAUUAGAUAUGUUUUGCGGAUCCGAUAGUCUUUGGGAUGCAAACUGUGAGGAUGACGAAUUGUUGUAUCAGGUGUGUGAUGAUAUAGAAAAGCAGACUCGGAGCCAGGAUGUUAAACAAGGAAAUGAAAGAGCUAAAACUAUUCAAGAAGCCAGUAUUAAUUCCAGAUCAAAUGCUGAUAACAGCUUCCCAGCAUCUAAACAAGGACUACCUGAUCUCCUCUUGGCACAAAAAACAAAUGCAAAACAGAACGCUUUCUCACUAAACAAUUCCUGUAGGAAUUCUUCAAGGGUUUCACAUGGGCUGGCCACAACAGGUCACAUAGCCAACUGUAGAAACAUCUCGAGUCCUCUAACUGUGACCUCGGGUACUUCUAAGGAGUGUAAAUACCCGCUGCCUAAAAUCUGCCGUCAAGCUGCUUCUGAAGAUACUACGAAGACUGUCUCGGGAAAAUGGUACAGGUCAAAUUCUGUGCCGGCAGGAGAGACUGGUUCCGAAGUAAAUCCUGUUAAUGCAGUACACAUUUCCAACAGCAAAACAUUAGACAACCCAAAUCUUUCGUGCAGUACAGGAAAGAUGCCAAAUAACGGUUCUGGUAACAAAACAUCGCUCGUGCCUUCAAAGUUUAAGUUCCGAAAGACUAACAAUUCUCAGGGUGCUCUUCAUGCAGGGUCUCAAAAUCCAGGGAGCCUUUCUGCUACUGGAAUUACUCUGCAGGGUUUGGAGGGAAGCAAGAAUCAGGUGAAUGUGACUUUGCACAGCAAGCUUGACAAUAAGAAACCUCCUUUCAAGAGGCACCUUUCAGAGUCUUUUGCACUGCCUCCAUCAGCUUCUGUGAUGGAACAGAAAAACAGAAAAUGUUCUCAAGAAGAGAUUGAAAGAAAAAAACAAGAAGCUCUUGCACGAAGAAAAUCCCGAAUGCAGGCAUUCUUUAACGAUGCUUGA